UCAAAUCUUGUUAUAAAGUACAUAUGGGCAUUUUGAUUGCUCCAACCCAACCAAGAUAUUUCAGUUUCCAGAGACAUAUUCCCCACUUCCACUACUUCACUUCCUAAAUUCCUUAACAACCAAAUCUCUGUCAAAGCAAUGGCCAAGGUGGAACUUCGAGAACUGGGUAACACAGGGCUCAAGCUCAGCUGCGUUGGCUUCGGCGCUUCCCCUCUCGGCAACGUUUUCGGCCCAGUCUCCGACGAAGAAGCCAUCGGCUCCGUUCGCGAAGCUUUUAGCCGAGGCAUCAACUUCUUCGACACCUCUCCGUACUAUGGAGGGACAUUGUCGGAGAAGGUGCUUGGUAAAACACUAAAGGCUUUAGGAGUUCCGAGGAGUGAGUAUAUUGUGGCAACAAAGUGCGGACGAUAUGCUGAAGGUUUCGAUUUCAGUGCUGAUAGAGUGACUAAGAGCAUUGAUGAGAGCUUGGAGAGGUUGCAGCUAGAUUACGUUGAUAUAUUGCAAUGCCAUGACAUUGAAUUUGGGAAUCUCGAUCAGAUUGUCAAUGAGACAAUUCCUGCUCUACAGAAACUGAAAGAAGCAGGGAAGAUCCGUUUCAUUGGUAUCACGGGACUUCCUUUGCGAGUUUUCACAUAUGUUCUUGACCGGGUACCACCUGGCACAGUGGACGUUGUUCUGUCAUAUUGCCAUUACAGUAUUAAUGAUUCAGCACUGGAGGAUUUACUGCCUUACCUGAAGAGCAAAGGUGUUGGCGUAAUUAGUGCUUCUCCACUUGCAAUGGGGCUUCUCACUGAGCGUGGUCCUCCAGAAUGGCAUCCGGCAUCUCCUGAACUCAAGUCUACUUGUCAAGCUGCUGCUUUGUAUUGUAAAGAGAGAGGGAAGAAUAUUUCAAAGUUAGCUAUGCAAUACAGCUUGUCCAAUAAGGAUAUCUCAUCAGUGCUGGUUGGCAUGAACUCUAUUAAACAGGUAGAGGAAAAUGUUGCUGCUGCUGUGGAGCUUUCAACUGUUGGGAAAGAUGAGCAAACCAUAUCAGAGGUUGAAGCUAUUCUGAAACCUGUCAAGAAUCAGACUUGGCCUAGUGGAAUCCAGCAGAGCUAACAAUUUUGGUGCUCUAGCUUGCAUGUAACUAUUUGUAUCUUGUACAUUUAGUGCUUUCAGUUGCUUGGAUUGGCCCUACUGGCAAGAUAAUAAUUAUCUGGGAGCCUGACUAAAAGUUUGGAUGAAUCAAUAAAAUUUGUGUUGUAUUUCCAAAUUUGUGCCUAGUAUUCUUGUUGAUUGUAGUCCUUCCCUACCUUUGAGGCACUUUUUUGUUCACUUACUGUGUAGCUAAUUCUUAAUCUAGUCUAUAGAUUGCCCGCCCGUUCUUGGAUUAGCUAGCUAUUCUGCAUGAUGCUGAUUUUUGGGUAGGAAUUGUUUUCAGAUGAUGUUCACUAUUUAGAUGUACUAUUUUUUUCAUUAUGCAUUGUUUCAGGCAUCAUAGUUCACUGUCCACAUAUUCUUACGAGGCAUCCAAAUUUACAUGAUUUUGUUUAUAAAUGAUUUAAACAUUCUGAGUCUCCAGGUGAGAUGAAGGCUAGAAAAUCCAAGUUAAUUAGACCCACCUUUGAUAUAGUGCAACUGAGCCAUGUGGGGGUUGGAUACUAAUAAGUUGGAUCCAAAGGCAUGAUCAAAGAACAAUUAUAUAAAAGCAUACCGACUAUUGAUGACUUGGUUUCCACUGCUUUGCAUUACGAAUAAGCAAACCUGUAUCGAUACUUUUUUGUCCUUGCAAAUUUUUAUCCAAUAACUUGGAUCAAAUGGGCAUCAAUUUGGGAAAAAAAUCAACCUGACUAAGAUGAAGACACAUACUCUCAAAUUUCUUGAAGAGGACAGUGGUCCUCCAGAAUGGCACCCAGCAUCUCCUGGAUUGAAGUCUGCCUGCCGUGAUGCUACUUUGUAUUGUAAGGCGAGAGGGAAGAAUAUUUCAAAGCUAAGUAUGGCUGGUUUCCAAUACGGCUUGUCAAAUAAGGAUUUCUUAUCAGGGAUGGUUGGCAUGAACUCUCUUAAACAG